AUGUCCCCCUUUCGAUCCCCGAAUCGAUCUCUCGCUGCUAGUCGGUUAUCAACAAUUACAUUUGAAUUGUGAUAUCUUAUAUUGAAAUCACGACUGGUAAAAAUGAAAUUAUUUAAUUACAAUUAGACUAGUUCAACUGCGGGACUGGGAGAUAUGUUAUACGUCUACCUAGAUUCAUUCAUUUCUGCCGGGGUGUGUCUUUGUCUUCAUAUACAGCUAUUGGUAUUUGUGAGUGAUAACUAAAAUGGCUGAGCAGGGAGUUCUCCUGGACCAGGACCAGUUCUGCUGCUCUAUCUGUCUGGAUUUACUGAAGGAGCCGGUCACUAUCAACUGUGGACACAGUUACUGUAGCAAUUGUAUUGAGGACUGCUGGGAUAAGGAUGAUCCAAAGGGGGUCUACAACUGUCCCCAGUGCAGACAGACUUUCUCUCCUCGGCCUGCUCUGAUGAAGAAUAGCCUGCUAGCCAUGGUGGUUGGGAACAUGAAGAAGACAGGACUCCAGCCUACUCCUCCUGCUAUGUGCUUUGCUGGACCUGGAGAUGUGGAAUGUGAUUUCUGCAAUGGGAGAAAGCAUAAAGCUCUCAAGUCAUGUCUGGUGUGUCUAGCCUCUUACUGCGAGACUCAUCUCCAGCCUCAUUAUAAUAUAGCUCCAUUGAUGAAGCACAAGCUGAUCAAAGCCACCACACAAUUGCAGGACAAUAUCUGCUCUCAUCAUGACAAACUGCUGGAGAUUUUCUGCCGGACCGAUCAGCAGUGUAUCUGUUAUCUGUGUACCAUGGAUGAACACAAAGGCCAUGAUACAGUCUCAAUCACAGCUGAAAAGACUGAGAAACAGAAGCAGAUAGGGCUGAGUCAGCAAAAGGUCAAGCAGAAAGUCCAGGAGAGGGAGAAGGAGUUGAAGGAACUGCAACAGGCUGUGGAGUCGCUCAGUCACUCUGCACAGGCAGCAGUGGAGGAAAGUGAGAGGAUCUUCACAGAAUUUAUUGACUCCAUUGAGAGAAGGCGCUCUGAGGUGAAGGAGCUGAUUGUAGCCCAGGAGAAUACAGCUGUGAGUCAAGCUGAAGGCCUCAUGGAGUGUUUGGAGCAGGAGAUCGCUGAGCUGAAGAUGAAAGGGGUUGAGCUGGAGAAGCUCGCACACACAGAGGAUCACAUCCAUUUCCUGGAGAGUUAUCAGUCUCUCGCCAGUCCUAGUGUAUUUUCAGAUUUACCCACCAUCGCUGUCCGUCCUCUUCUGUACUUUGAGGAUGUGAGUGAGGCUGUGUCUAACCUGAGAGAGAAACUAGAGGGCAUCUUGAAGAGAGAAUGGUGCAGAAUUUCCACCAGAGUGAAUCUAGUGGAUGUUCUACACCUUCCCGAGCCCAAGACCAGAGCUGAAUUCUUACAAUAUUCCUGUCGGCUCACCCUGGACCCACACACAUUAUACAGACAACUCUUUCUGUCUGAGCUGAACAGAAAGGUGAAACUGAAGCGCAAAGGCUACUCCUACCCCAGCCGUCCAGACAGAUUCACUCAGUUGUGUCAGGUGCUGUGCAGGGAAGGUCUGUCUGGGCGCUGUUACUGGGAGGUGGAGUGGAGUGGGUGGAAGAUUUAUGCAGGCGUCUCAUAUAAAGACAUCAGCCGAUCAGGGCCUGCGGACGAUUGUCAAUUCGGACACAAUGACAAGUCCUGGAGUUUAGAAUGCUGUAGUAAUGGUUACUUUUUCCGACAUAAUAAUGUCAAGACUGAAGUGGCACGCCCUCAGUCCUCCAGGGUAGGAGUCUAUCUGGAUCACCAGGCGGGCACUCUGUCCUUCUACAGUGUCUCAGACAAAAUGACCCUCCUGCACAGAGUCCAGACAAACUUCACUCAGCCCCUCUAUCCUGGGUUUUGGCUUCAUUGUUUUAAGACCACUGCUGAGCUAUGUGAGUUAGAGUAGAGGCCCCUGUCAGCGUGAUGCUUUACCAUGCCCUACUACUCCGAAUUGUUUAUCAGAGAUAAACAUUUCCUUCUAUGAAUCUCAGAGGAUUGACUUUCACAGAUUGAGCUCUCUAGUCUAGAUAUAAUUUGAGGUUAUUUUCCCCCAAAUUUUAGGAAUAAAGUUCAUCUAAUGUAAUUUUCUCGCUAGUCAGACAAUCCAUAUCUCUGUUGAGAUUUUACCUCUGAAGGCAGCAUGUAGUAGGGCAGGAAAUACAUUGUUUCCAGAAUGAUCUCUCAACUUGUCCUGGCUGUGUGUUACGUGUUCUAUGCCAGAGACGUUGGCAAUUUUUAUGUAGGCUACUGUGUACACAUGAAUGUUUUUUUCCUGCAUAUUGUAUUUCUGUUUGUCCUAGAACUCUCAAAUACAUCAUGUUACAGGUCCCCUGCAGGUCCAUAUUGUAUCAAUUGUUUUUCAAUCAACUGACGUAAGUAGUUUACUGAACCUGUAUUUAUAGUGUUCACUCAAUAUUGACAAUGCUGAACCAAAUGCAAACUGAUAAAUAAACAGCUUAUUUGUUGAA